AUGGCGCCAGCCCCGGCACCAAACCCAGUCACUGAACCAUUUCCGAUUCCCUGUAUUGCGGGCCGGUACCUGCUUUUCGAUGUCGACGCCAUCUCUCAUUGUCGCCGUGCGCACAACAUCUGUGGCUUGCUGAUUGGUACAAUUCCGAAUUUGUCGCAGCAGAAUGUCUUCCUGGGCAUACCGCUCGAGCUCAUGCCUGAAGAGGCUCGAGUCCUUGUCGAACGCGGUGCUGCCUAUGUUGUUGACGAUGUAGAAAUACAUCGACAGGGCUUCAUGGAGAUGAGCAGAAUGGACAGAUUGAAAUAUCUGCAGGAGAUGGAUCGAGCGGGUGAGAAUGUUGCAAGACAGCACCUGGAUAAAGCGGAGCAGAGAAAGGAUAAAGCGCUCAAGGAGAAGGGCUUGAGAAAGGAGGUAUUUGAGAAGGAGAGCAUUGCGGCUGCGAGUAUCGCGACGGAUGAGACUGUGCACGUGGACACUCCUGGCGGCACGAGUUCAGAUCUCGGAUUCAUCAUGAAGGGAUCCUCCUUCUCCGACUCCAGUGCAGAAUCAAAGCAGUCUUCAGCUCCACCAGAAGCCGCAGACACAUCUCUGUUCGAGCCUGUGCCUGCCUCACCUGCGCCUUCCACUAUCAGCAACGCCCAGAAGCCCGUCACAGUCCAAAAGCACUUUGUCACACCCACGACUUCAUACCCUCCUCUCCCUACCCCUGCUCAAGACCCUUCUCGCCCUCUCCCAGCCGUACCAAACAGCUACCCACUCUUCCGCUACCUUCACUCCAGAGGAUACUUUCACAUGCCCGGUAUACGCUUCGGCUGCCACUACAACGUCUACCCGGGCGACCCACUCCGCUACCACAGCCAUUUUGCGGCUACAGGCCUAGCCUGGGACGAGGAGUUUGAUCUACUGGAUGUGGUGGGUGGAGGCCGAUUGGGCACGGGUACCAAGAAGGCGUAUAUGAUUGGCGGUGAGGAUCCAGAGGGAAUUGCAGAGGGUGUGGAUUUGUUCAGAACGGAUGUCAAGGAUGUGAAGAUUAAGCAGCCGGUUAGGGCUUUUUCGAUUGAGUGGGCUGCUAUAUAG